AUGGAUAUCUCGAAAACCAAGCAAUUGUCAUCAUCUUCGAAUUUAUACGAUGAUUUGCGUAAUUUCAAUUCAUUAUCCAGUGGAAAAAAACCAUCGCGUAGUACAUCAACUAUUGAAUAUGUUAGUCCAUAUCGAAUGGAAGGUCCACAGGUAAAACGACCUACGGUAAGCUUGAUCUUGCCUGCACCAACAACAUUGGAUACAAUUGUAUCCAUUGAUGAUACAAAACAAUCAACAAUAAAUGAACUAGAAAAUAAAUAUGAAGAUCAAAAUUCGGUAAUAGAAGUAGAUGAUUAUUCAUGUAUAUGUUGGAUCGUACGGAAAAUAAUAGAAUUGAUUUCUAUAGCUUUGUUUACUUGUCUUAUUGGUAUGUUUAUCUUUACUAUACUUUUCUGUGUUUUCGAUACUUAUUGGCUUGAACAACCAGUUAUCAAUAAUUCAUCAUGGUCGUGGUGGUUCGACAAUGAUAAUAAUAAUAGUAGUUUUUGA